AUGUCGUCCUCGAUGCCCUCUCAGCCCCCCAAGGCGGAAGCCUACACCACGGCCUCGAACCCGGCAACCCGCAACCCCGUCGAGAACGCCGCCGCCUCCCAUACUCAGCAGAACGAGACCACUGCGCGCGACGCGGCGCUAGGCCGCACGCCCUUCCCGCAGUCGCAGACCCGGUCCACCGACGACGCGGUGCCGAGCGCGUUGGGCGCCGGAGUGCACUCCUCGGGUCCUGUGGACGCGACGGAGCGCGAGAACACGGCAUACGUUUCUGAAAGUGAGUCUCGCAAGGGACUGGAGAACCCCAACGUCGAGGCGGAGCAGAUGGAGACGCUGGCCGAAGGCAAAGUCGCGGACGCUGUCGAGAGGAAGAGCGGAACGCAGAAAGUGCCCGGGCAGGAGGUUCGGAUCGAUGAUUUUAGCAGCGGGCUUGAGAAGAAGAAGCAGGAGCAACAAGAGGCGAGAGACGCGAUCAAGGAGGAACGCCGCGCGGGCGUUGAUGUUGACGGGGGCAUUGGGCAGCGGUCAUGGAGGGAGGAUAACCGCGAUGUCUGA